AUGGCUGUUCCGACCGUAUGCACUCUCAAAAAUUGUCCCAUCGAAUGGGGCUACGUACACUAUCAGCCCUCAAUCGGUGGGAAUGCAUUCAUGCUAGCGGCCUUUGGCUUGCUCACUGCCCCGGCUCUCUACCUGGGUAUCACCCACAAAGUCAAGCUAUUCACGUUCUGCUUCGUGAUGGGACUGCUGGGUGAAAUAAUCGGGUAUAUUGGGCGGAUCCUAUUACACAACGAUCCGUUCAGUAAAGACUACUUCCUCAUAUAUUUGAUAUGCACAACUAUCGCGCCCACAUUUACUGCUGCCGCCGUUUACUUAACGCUAGCUCGGAUUGUGGUUGUAUACGGUGAAGGGAUCAGUCGAAUCCGCCCCCGAACGUACACGCUGGUUUUUAGUGGUCUCGACCUCAUCGCUUUGGUGGUUAUAGCAGUAGGAGGAGGCAUGGCAGCCGUUGUAGUUUUACAAUGGAAGAUUGAUCGUGGAACGCACAUCAUGGUGGCAGGGCUUGUGGUUCAGGUCGUCAGCCUGGUCAUAUUCCUUGCUCUGUGCUUCGAGUACUCUUUACGAGUACGCAAGUAUCGAGGAGAUAUGAAUCCUAAAUACGCUGUUCUUCGCGAGUCACCUCGCUUCAAGCGAUUCCUGUAUGCCCUCGCCGCGGCAACCAUCUUUUUGUUCAUUCGGGCUGUGUACCGAGUGGCAGAGCUUUCGGGAGGGUUCAGAGGCAAGCUAGCUCAGGACCAGGUACUCUUCAUGGUUCUUGACGGAGCAAUGGUUCUAUUAGCAUGUAUCAUUUUGACGGUCUUCCAUCCGGGACUAGCCUUCGGGGGCGCAUGGAAGGACGCAUCGUUCCGCUGGGGUUCGAAGAAAUCGAGUAAUGAGUCGUCGAUGCAGGAUAUUCCGGUGGAGUCCGUUGCCUACAACGGAAAGCAUUGA